GCCGACUUAAAGACUUCGCUUGGCAGGUCGGCCGUGGGCAUCCCGCGCGCGCGAAGGGAAACUUAACUUGGCGGGGCAAGGCUUUAGCGGCGCUCGCUGCCCGUGGACCUCGGGGAUAAAGCGACGCGCGAAGCGAUUCCGCCUUCCGGGGCCUGGAAAACCUCCGAGCGUCUCCUUCCUGCAAACCCCUCCCGGCCGCCUCGCUUCUUUCCAGCCCCUCCUGAAAGGAUGGGGGCAGGCGCCUUGGCCAUCUGUGGUGUCUGUGUUUGCAUCUGUGCAUGGGAUCUCUCCCAGAUCUUUUUAGAAGGCCUAUCUGGAAUUUCGACCUCAGGGAAGCUUCUGUUCCAUAAAACCCACAGAGUUGAUCCCUCCAGUUCCCUCGGAAGGGUGUGAUUUGUGAAGCCAUGCCACCUCCCGUCGUCACUCUGACCGGGUGUUCUCCCUUUUUGUGUCCUUUCAAGCAAAGUAACUCAGCGGUCAAGCUUAAAGAAGAUAUGAAAAAGAAUGCCGUCCUGUCCCCGAGCAGACAGAAGGGAUCCUGUCACCACCGGAGGUUGUUUGGCGCUAGUCUUCAGGAAAUGCAGCAAGAAGGGCUGAGCAAGUGUGGCAUCCCAACAGUAGUGUGGGAUAUUGUAGAAUAUCUGUCUUGGCACGGUCUCGAGCAGGAAGGUCUUUUCAGGGUGAACGGUAACCUGAAAACAGUGGAACAGCUGCGCAUGAAGUAUGAGGGUGGAGACCAAGUAGAUCUCGCCACAGAGGCUGACGUAAGCUCAGCCGCCAGUUUGCUGAAGUUAUUUCUGCGGGAGCUGCCAGAUCGGGUGAUCCCUUCUGCCCUUUACCCCAAAUUCAUCCAGCUUUAUCAAGCCAGCCAGAAGUGUGGUCUGGAGACUAGCGAUUUAAGAGACCUUCUGAGACAGAUGCCCGAGGCUCACUAUUGUCUCCUUAAGUAUCUUUGCCACUUCCUGAAACGGGUUGCCGAGCAUCAUUCUGAGAACAAGAUGACUGUUUCCAACCUUGCUACUGUUUUUGGACCAAACUGUUUUUGUGUCCCACCUGGCUUUGAAGGGAUGAAGCAGCAGGAAAUCUGUAACAAAAUCAUGGUCCACCUGCUGGAAAACUACAGUCUCUUGUUUGAAUGGGAGCAUCCAAAGAAGGAAGGAGGACACAAGGAGUCACCGAAAAUUAUAUUGGUGAAAGAGGCUAGUUGCAAGACAUCUCCGCCAAUCUUGCUGAAGAACCUUGAGACAGAAACGCCCAAGCCAAAACCAAGAACAAAGAUCGUAAAGUCCAAACCAGAAAGACCAUCUCUGACGCCUUUAAUGCUGCAGCCGAGACUGUCAGAUGGAAUUCCUCAGUUUAGCAUCCAUUUAACGGAUAGUUUGGGUCCCAAGGAGAUGGAGUUAGCAGAUGAAAUCUCCUUCCUAAGCAGUGCUGCGUUCUUCACCAGUUCCCAAGAGGAUGAAAGGCCUUUAUCACCAUUCUAUCUGAGUGCUCACGUAUCACAAGGCAACAACAUCCCUGCUACUGGAGAAUUCUUAGAAAAGACUAUCCGGACAGCUGUCGAACAACAUCUUUUUGAUGUUCAUGGCUCUAGUGGUCAGAGUUCUGAAGAAUCUGAAUCUGGAACAUCAUUAACGUCUUCUGGUGUAUCUACUGGGCAGCGCAGGCGACAUCAUAAAGAACAAGAUGAAGGCCGAAAGACCAGAGAUAGGGAGGUCAUCAAUAAAGAGAAUAUUCCUUCUGGUUUCAGUAGCAUUGAAGAAUGUAUCUUAAGUGCUCAGGAAGUGGAAAAAUGCCAUGAGAACAGUUCUGGUUACAUUGGCGAAAGAAGUAAACCAAAACGUCAGAAAUCCAGCACCAAACUAACUGAGUUUAACGACAACCAAGAGAGUUCUUUGGCGAUGGAAACUUUUGGUUCCUUGAGACAUGUAGAUGGAAGAGGACCAGAUGAAAUGGAAGUGUUUUCUGAAGAAAGCAAAGACGGCAGAAAUGAGGAUGAUUUGUUAAUGCACAAUCAGAGCUCAAGUAUGAAGAUCCAGGAACAUCCCGGCGUUCCUGAAGUCAAAUUACAGAGGAACCAAGAAAUAGAUGGCCAGGAAGACACUUUCAUAUCAGAAGUGCCUCGUCUGGACCUGUCAACCUUGUGCAGUGACAACUGGGAAGAACCUGUCCCUGCUUUUUCCUCCUGGCAGCGUAAUGACGUAGAUUCCGAUGAAGCUCGCCUUUCCCCUCAGGCUGGACGCCUCAUUCAGCAGCUUCUGGAUGAAGACAGUGACCCAAUGCUGUCCCCUCGCUUUUAUAACUAUGGGCAAAGUCAGCAGUACUUGGAUGACACAGAAGUGCCUCCUUCCCCACCCAAUUCUCAUUCAUUCAUGAGGCGAAGAAGUUCUUCUUUGGGAUCUUACGAAGAUGACAGUGAAGAUUUGACACCAGCACAGUUAACUCGGAGGAUUCAAGGACUGAAGAAAAAGAUCAGGCGGUACGAAGAUAAAUUUGAGGAGGAGAGAAAGUAUAGACCCUCUCACAGCGACAAAGCAGCCAAUCUCGAGGUGCUGAAAUGGACAAAUGACCUUGCAAAGUUUAGGAAGCAACUAAAAGAAUCAAAACUGAAAAUGUCAGAACAAGAUCUGGUUCCUAUGACACGCCAACGUAGCAAUACACUCCCCAAAAGUUUUGGCUCUCAGCUGGAGAAAGAGGAGGAGAAACACGAUGUCUCUGACAAAUCAUCGAAGCCUUCAGUGGAGGCAACUUUAGAAUCCAUGCAGAAGAAGCUCCAAGAGAAAAGGACAGAAGCAAGUCGACCUGAGGAUAUUAAGGAUAUGACUCGAGAUGAGAUAGCAUCAGAGAAAGUGGCCCUUCAGAAAUCCCUCCUCUAUUAUGAAAGCAUCCAUGGAAGACCAGUAACAAAACACGAACGGCAAACUAUGAAGCCCCUCUACGACAGAUACCGCUUGGUCAAGCAGAUCCUCUCAAGGGCAAACUCUAUUCCCAUUAUCGGUUCUCCCUCUAGCAAGCGGAGAAGUCCUUUGCUACAGCCAAUAAUUGAAGGAGAAACUGCUUCCUUCUUCAAGGAGAUAAAGGAGGAAGAGGAUGGAUCUGAGGAUGACAGCAAUGUGAAACCAGAUUUAACCGUCACAAUAAAAUCUGACUUUGGCGUACGAAGCUUUUUGGACCAACUAGAAGAUGAUGUUGAUGGUUUCAUUUCUCCAGUGGAUGAUAGGAACCCUUCGAGAAGCAGCCAGGACAUGGGGUUAUCCAAUCUUCAUGCUGCUUCUACGCGUGAACUUGUGGAACAGCUUCAAGAAGCCAGGGAAGAUAAAAAGAGGAUCAGAAAAAAAUUGAGAGAUUUUGAAGACAAUUUUUUCCGACAAAACGGAAGAAACGUCCAGAAAGAAGACCGGGUUCCCAUGGCCGAAGAAUAUAAUGAAUACAAGCAAGUUAAGGCCAAGCUGAGGCUGCUAGAAGUCCUCAUCAGCAAAAGAGAUUUAAGUUCCAAGAUCAUGUAAUAAAGCUACGCUGGAUUUGCCACUAAUGUUAAGAUGUCGAUGCAGCCAAAUAACACAAAGAACUCAGCAAGCGCCUAAUACCACGGAGGGCUUUAGUGGCUCUCCCUGACUGUCGUUGGCAGAAGAUGGAGGCCCGGUGUGAAGGAGGAGGGAGGGCCCUGCAUCUUUCUUCAUACUUGUGACCUGUUCUGCCAUCUGGGCUGGCAAAACCGGAAGGAUGUUGACCCACUGAAACGACUCUGUUCCACAAGUUUCCUUUUUCGCUUUCAUCGUUGGUGGCCUGCAAUUGCUUGGACUAAAGCAAAAAAAAAAAAAGACCUCAAUUUUAAAGCAUCAGUGUAAGAAAGGUGAUCUAGUUAAAAGUCCUCACGAAUCUCCAAAUAAUGGCCUGUAAUUUUCAGACCAAUAAAGCAAUCGGGUCUGUUCUAAUAAUAGGAUGUAUGUUCUGAGACAAUUUGGAGAGGGUUGGUAGGUCCCCUCUUGAAAUCUCGUCUUUGACCGCAGGGUUUUCGUUGUUAUUUGUUGGUACGUAGUUCUUGUCACAUGCUUGAACUGAAAGUGGAACUGCCAGUUGGUGGAGAACUCUUAAGCGUGGACUGCCUUGGCUUUCAAUAUGGCUGCUUUUUUAAAAAAAACGAAAACACACUUUCUUACUAAAUGAGCUUUUUCAGAAAUGUUAUUACACAACUCCUACAUCUGUUCGACCUGGAAGAAAGAAAACAUUGUGGAAGUGGACCUUGGGAGAAAUUGGGCUUAGUUAACGGGAUCCUCCGCAAGAAGUAGGAAAAGGAAUGGGAUGAUCUUGGUAGCCAAGGUAUUCUGAUAUAAUUGUGGGUUUCAGACAAUGUCUGGGAAGGGUUUAUAAUAUUUUAUCUUUGUCCUUGAUGCGAAGAACGGGAAUAAUGGAUAAGCGUCCUCGAAAGGCAGAAGUUUUAUCAUUUGAGUUUGCUUCUGCAAUAAUGGCGUUUCCACAAUCUGCUCUUGAUUUGUGUCAGAUCGUAAUGGAAUCCAGUUUAUUGGUGCCCUGCAAUAUUUCUGAGGAUUUUCUCCUGCAUAUUACUGUGGCAAAUGCGCUAAGAUUUUUCAGCAAACCGAUUUAAUGCAAAAGGGGGUCCCUAUGCUUAGAAAGCAUCAAAAUGUCUAUAGACAGUGGACUUUUAAAAUGAAAUUAAUGACAAUGACAGUUUGUCUCAUACCCUUAUAAUUUUUGUACCCCAGAUAAGGUACUGGAUCCGGUACUAAUCUCGAGCAAUUUUUUUUUUCUGUUCGUGUUUCGUUGAAGCUCUGUAUGGCUUUGACGUUGGUGUAGACUUUCAAAUCUCUUGAGCAAAACGGUAGAUAGUAGAACAAUGCACUUUAGAAAGAAACAUAUAUUUUUUUAGAAAAUGGAAAACAAUUUUUUUAAAAAAAAACAAAUAACCAAAUCUAUACCUAAAUAAAGGAAAAAAACAUUUCAUCUACCUGACUUUUCUGGUAUGCCAUUUUUAAAGGAAGGAAAAAUAUGUCUUAAAAACCUUAAAAUUUGCCUAGACAAAUAGGCAGCUAAUUGGAAAGUGUAUUUAUUGUAAUAGAUGUAUACCUUUCGAAGCACCAGCAUUAGGAAAUCCUUAUAUGUGUGUUUGAUACAAUUAAUAAUAUCAGCAUUUAAUAGAAAUGAUUUCCACCUUGAAAAUCAAUUGAGUUAAAAAUAUAAUUAUCAAAUGCAAAACUAUUAAUUGAAUGCUUAACCAAACAACCAAAAUAAUUGAAAUGUUGGACCCAAAUGAAUGCAAUAUAACUAAAGACUCUAAAAUCUAAUUCUCUAGGCUUAAAGUAGCUUUAGACUUGUUUUUUCUCAACAAUUAGUCCGUUGUGGCACAUAAUAAGCUGCUUGUGAAAGCACAUACACUGUCAAAUGAAGAAUAAAAGGAAACUCUUUGUACUCUAAUAAUAAGUCCUUUAGCAUAACUCUAUAUAAAAUUUCCUUUUUACAACCCUAUAAUCCUUUAAUUCAGGGUAGAGUUUGGGUGACUGGAUGAAGCUGAGCACUUACUGGCCGGAUGCCCUUCCUGACACCAUGCAAAGUUCACAGCAGUUAUUUUUGCUUUGCGCCCUUGGAAAGAAAUACCUGCCACUCCGCAGGAUUGAACUCUUAACCUUCCAAGUGGGAGGCAAGCGUCUUUACCACUAGGCCACCACGCUGCUCAGAAUAAUACUAUAUAUUAAUCCCAAAUAUUCCAUGAAUUCACUGAGGUGUGCUAUCAGCUAAGUAUUAAAGAGAAUUAACGGGUAAUUAUUUUCAUACUUUUAUUUUUAACAUGACCUUUCUCUUCCAAAAUUACUGUUUGUGUGAAAAGAAAGAGGAAAACAGAGAUUUUUUAAUUAUUAUUUUCAGAGUCUAGAUUAAGAUUUUAGUCGGAAAUUUAUCAAGUGAUAUCAGUAUAAGUAAAAAUGAUAUUGAGGUAUCUGUUCCUUCUCUUUUGAAUAAUUAUGCAUCUCAAGAUGCUAAAACGAUAUGCAAGCCUCCAUUUUAAAACGAAGAUUGAUAAUGAAACUUUUGCAGAUAGAAAUUAUUCCCAGAAUUGAAAGAAAAACUUGUAAUUUGCUGAUGUGCUUACUCUUGAGUGAACAAUUAAGUCACAUGUUUUUUUCACACAAAAAUAAACAUGAAGCAACCAG